AUGAGUGAAGAUCAGCACAAUAACCCGCCCCCAACCCUUUGUGGGUACUUGAACAGCAGAGGUGAUGACUGCGGAGCAGCCAUCCAAACCUUAUUUUUCUUUGUUGUCAAGACUUUACUUGAUGAUUGGCUCAAGACAGCAGCAAGCUCUCUGCAACUCUGGGAAAAAGCUCCUCUUGAGCCGUAUGCUCUCCAAAAACCUAUGACUUACUGUGUUGUAUGUCCUGACAUCGAUCCCCUUACGACUGCUGCUGCAGACUUUUUCCAACAACUUGGCACUGUGUACGAGACAUGCAAAUUGGGGACUCAUCUGCCUCAUACUGUGGGAAAUCAAAUGGAGAUAGACUCUGGAAAGUGGUCAUCAUCUGGUUUUGUUCUACUUGACUGCCCUCAAUCAAUGAAGAUAGAAAGUAAUACUGCUUCUCUUGUUGGAUCAAUAAGCGACUAUUUUCUAUCACUCUCCAAUGGUUGGGAUUUAACGAGCUUUCUAAAGUCUCUCUCUAAGGCUCUGAAAGCUUUGAAACUUAGUUCAUGCCUUGCCUCUAAUCCAAAAGAGGGAAAUAGUGGUCCUUGCACAAGGGAAAGGGGGCUUACUACCUCAAUAGUUAGACUCACUCUGGCUGUUGCUAUUGUGGACAUCUCCAUGACUUCUAGGAUUGGCAUCAUUAGAUUGAAGAAUUGGUGUUGUGUUUUAGAUGUAAAAGAUGAAAUGUGGACAGAUUAA